GUGUGAUGAAACCGGCUUCAGCUUUUACAUCUUUUCGUAGUCAAGUACGCAUAACACCUGGAGCUGUUGUCUGUUCCGAAUGUGAACUAUCUGGUGAGAUAAUUAUUGGUGCAAAUACUAUUAUUCAUCCAAAAGCACGUAUAAUAGCUGAAGCUGGCCCAAUACAUAUUGGAUCAUUUAAUUUAAUUGAAGAACAAGUGGAAAUUGUGAAUAAAAUUCCUGGUUCCAUAAUGAAAAUUGGUGAUUACAAUGUGUUCGAAGUAGGAGCACAUUGUUAUGCCUUAGAAGUUGGUGAUAAUAAUGUUCUUGAAGCAAAGUGUCAUAUUGGAUCAAAUGUAAAAAUAACCCAUGGUUGUGUAAUUGGUGCAAUGUGUUCAAUGGAUUCUGGUGAAACAUUACCAGAAUGUACUGUUGUAUACAGUGAUGAAGGUCAUCGUCGUAUUGCAACUGAACGUCCAGCUGCACAAACCUUACAAUUAGAUUUUCUAACAAAAAUUCUACCAAAUUAUCAUCAUUUAAUGAAAGUUAGUCGAACUUCUACACCGAAACCAACUGAAAAACAAUAACCUCUCAUACAUUUGUUUGUUUCUUUCAUUCUUCCUUCUCUUUUGUAACUGACUUAUUUGAAAGGUUAUACAAAGUGGGUGAAAUGUUUAAUAAGUAUAAUCUCCGUCUACAUUUAUUUUUUAAUUUUAAAGUGGUAUCUAUUCUCUUGCUAUAUUUACUGUACUGUUUAUUGGCUGUGUAAAGCGAUAUAUCUGUACAAAUAAAUAUUAAUAUUAUUU